ACAUCUUCAUCAUUCUGUGUCCUUCACCUCUGACUUGAUUGGUUACAAAUGAGCUGAGAUGUUGAACAGUGUUGAACAAAUGUGUGUUACAAGUUAGGAUGGGUUACUUUGGAAAUAUGAGAGAGGUUUGGUGUCUUCUUGUCACAUGACUAUACCUCACCGUUGCGACCCUGAAUUCGGCAUCAUGGAUAUGAGGGUGCAGGAGGGUUCCGUAGUGACUUCAUGACAUGUGGUGUCAAGGUUUUGUGUCUUGUGAAUUGUUGAGGCACCAAAGGAUUGUUCACUUUUUUUUUUUUAAUAUCUGUAAGACUCGGUUUAGGAUGACUCAAAUGGAGAUAACCUGAAAGAAGAUUAAGUCAAUACAUUUUUAUGUGAGUAUGAUCUAAAACUAUUUCAUUGAGAGCUGCAUAGCAGAAAGUGGUCUCUAAAGAGACCCACCAUUUAGCUUUGCUUUUAACCACAGAACACCAUGACUUCAACUUCUCAACCUUUUUUAGAUCAGAAUAUAUUAGAUACUCUUUAUUCUGCCCACGAUGGAGAUAUUAUUUCAUGUAUUCAUUUAUUUCAUUACUGUCCUUUGCUGUUUCAAGUUCUCCUUUAAUGACAAAAAGUGUAAGUGUCAGAGUUGAAGAUGCUCAGGGUUUGGUUGGGAGUGACUAGGAAGGGCAAGAUCCGGCCCAGUAUAUCAGUGGGACAACUGCUGUGGAGACGUUUGGAGAUAAGGUUAGGGAGGCCAGAGACAGGAGAUACAGCGCGUCUCGUGGCAGCUUCGAACCCCCCCCUCAAAACUGGCGACAGCUAUGCAGUCCCAGGGCAGCACUUCCUCUCAACCUUCCUUUGACUCGCUGAGCUCCAGCGACAGUCUCCUGUUCAGCGACUCGGAGCAGGCAGAGGACGACUCCGACGUCUUCCUAACAGACAGCUCACCCUCCGUCAUCAUCAGCGGAGCAGCCAGGGCGCCCGAAGACAGAGCAAGGGUGUCGGGAAGCCCGGGCUCCCAGUGGGCCUGUGAUGGUUUCACCGACAAAGAGGAAGAGGAGGAGUCAUUCAGGCUGGGGAGCAGUGGAAAAGCAACUCGCAGUGACUUGGAUGAGUCUUCCAGCCGCAUCCCAAAGUCAGAGGGAGACCUUUUAUUUGCUCAGAAGUGUGCUGAGCUGCAGGGUUUCGUCAGGCCACUGCUGGAGCUGCUGAAUGGGCUGAAGAAAGGAAGAUUCGACCGAGGGUUGAGUAGUUUCCAGCAAAGCGUCGCUAUGGAUCGAAUCCAGCGGAUUGUGGGUGUUUUACAGAGACCCAGUAGCGGGGAGAAGUAUCUGAACACCCUCCUCCAAGUGGAGAUGAUGCUGAAACUUUGGUUCCCUCAGAUCCAGACUCUUCCUGUCUCAUCCACUUCCAGCGCGGCUACUUCUCCCGCUCGCUCUCUCCGAGACACUUCCACCUCCACCCCCCCACACAAGCACCGGGACCAGCUACAUAUUCCCGUCAAGAAGCGAAGGCUCAGCUGGACAGGGACAGACUCUCCCUCGCCGUCUCCUGUUCUUCUCAAGUGCUCAGGCAACAGCUCUGCUCCGAAGAGGAUGAAGUUGGAGGAUGGAGAAAGUCAUCCUCCACCUCCAUCUUUGCCUUCAGGAUCGAACCAAAACCUUCCAGCAGGAUCGGAACUCAGUCAGGGAAAUGAGGAGGCUACUGGAAAGAGCAGUGAGGGCGGGGAACCUGAAACUCUCUCAAAGUACAAAGCAGGUCAAAGCUCUGAGCCGAGCCUCACCUGGGUGCACGUCGCCCCCAUCCUUUCCCCGAGAAAGGCCUGUCAAUCGCACAAGGGCGCCACAUCGGAAGGUGACAACCAGCAUGCCAUGGCUGGCCGACCGCCUAGCAGGAGGGGCAGUCCAGCUACCCAGGACAGCUCCAUCUCCUCCACCACCCCCCACAAACACCCCAAAAAUCAGAAGAAAUCAUUGCGGUGCCAAAGCCAAACUUUAACUGCACAACAAUGUGAAACUCAGACCAACCAAACCUGCCAGGGUCAAGACCAAUCUCAUGACACAGUCAAGCCUUUGUCCAGGGUUUGCCCCACCCCCUUAGAGACCUGACGCUCCAAACAACUGAGCCAGCAGCCUGGCGGCGUUGCACCUUAUCAGGCUAGAUGCUGCUGUGGCUAUAGGAAUGAAGGGAGCCUGAUGUUUGGAAAGCAUUAAUAGAAGAAGGGAGGAAAGGAUUUGGUGCUUAAUAUGGAUGAUGAUCUCGCACAAGACCAUCACAAGGAACAUGAUUGUGGCAAAUGUGUCGAUAAUCACAAUUCUCUGAUGCAAAUAUGCACAAAGGGAGAAAAAAAACCUACACUUUAUUAAGAGUUUUUACAAAAAAGAAGAGAUUAUUAAGAUGAAAAAUGGUGUCUCCACAGAGUAGCAAUCAUUGAUGACUGACUUGAAAACUUGAGGGACACUGAUGUUGGCAUCGUGAUCAGAGAGAAAGCUUUCAAUCUGUGAGAGAUGAAUAAUGUUACAGUGACACAAAAAAAGAGGACAAAAAGUUGCCCCUUGCGCAUGGAAAGACUUGAUGCAUUCGACUUGAAAAACAACGUAAUCAUGUAGCAGGAGACCAGCAUGGCGUCACACGGCGCUCACGCUCUGGAGGCUGGAACAAAAUGAUGUCAUCAACUCAAGAAUGUAACCCAAGAACUGAACUGCUUCUUGACCGGCAAGACCCUCAGGGGACUGACAUCACCUGGGUCGAAGGUCACAUUGCGGAACGCUUCCCGCUGUGGAUGCAUCAGCAUGGAGAGCCCCUUACCGGCACAACAAUGAAUCAUCAAAAGCAACAGGAAAACCGAGGACCACUCAUGGACUCCAGAGUCACUGCAGAUAAUUUAUUCAUUUGUUGAUCUGACACUGCAUUUAUUUAUUUUGUAUUUAUUUAUUGGGCAGCUGAGUAUCACCUGCUGUGCACCGCUGCAGCCAGGGUUGUUUUUUUUUUUUAGGUGUUUGGGAAGGUGCUGUUUGGUUUGGAACUUCUAUCAGAGUGGCGAGUGACAUCUGUUGAUUGGACUACUGUGCCUUUUUACUAAAAUGGGAUGUGAUCAUUUCAGCAACCAAUUCAGUGCAUUCACACUGCGUUUUGAUUGUUUGCUCGUCCAAACCGAUUCAUGAAAGCAAACUCAUGUAAGUCAGCCUCUCAUCAACAACCUAACUUUGAAGGCUGCGUUCACGUUACUGUUUUUUUUUUCUGGAAUCAGUCUAACAGCCACGGAUUCGUCUGACAGUUUACAUUCAAAACAAAUCCGGUCUGAGUGAAUGAAUGAACUUGUAAUGUGGAUGUAGCUUUUUUGUAACAACACAAUUCAGUUUUUAGACUAAACAGCAGCUCCGUUUUGUACAAAAAACAUGAAGCCUUUUCUAAUAUUCUUAAGAUGUGGAAUAGAGCGAACCGCACUUAAGUGCUCUGAUGAAACUUGAAAAAUGCAACUGAACCUAUAAAACAAGGAGGAAAUCGAUUGCACCACUCUGCUGCUGCUGCUAUCGCUCCAAUUACAAUGUCAUAGGAAGUGUUCUCUUCAUUUAGGAAGGAAACAGACCGAUGUGUUUUGAUAGAUCCAUUUUGCAUAAAUGUUGGGAGUAUUUGACUAAAUUUGUAUAAUUGAAUAGAGAUGGAGGGAACGCUGUGUAGUCAAACUCUCCUAUAAACCAUCACAUGUGAACAGAGAACCACUUGCAGCCUGCGUUCUACUGCCUCUAUUGGUUGAGUCCUCUAACCUUCAGUUCCAGACGGUCCUAGCAUCCCUCUCCAUCCCUGACGCGGUGGUUGGAUGUGCCAGACGCUGCCUCCCCAGCCGAGGCCGCAGGGGGUCUUCCAGCCUGCUCCUGUUUUUUUUUUUUUUUUUUUUUUAUACAGUUGUGAUAUAACAGAGAAACCAAUUGCACUUAUUUUUCAUUGUUCAUGUCAUUUUUUUCAUACAUGUUUUCUACUGCAAUGACCAUCGCUGACUGGUCAGGACGAAUAAUGUCUUCUUUAUUUUGACUGCCUUCUUCUUCCACUGUAAAAGCUGACUGUAGUUCCUCUUGCCCCACCCCUCCCCCACACUACUGCAUCCGUCUGCCUUCGCCCUCCUUCGUCUUCCUCAGUCUUACUCUCUUUCUUAACUGAACUCUUGCUCAUCUUUACAUGAUAUUACUCUUCUGGCUACUUUUUCAGUAAUGACACA